UUGGAGAUCUGCCUGGUUCUCGCUCUGAUGAGUGAUCACCCAUCGAAAGCUGGGAAUCUUCCUAUCAUCCAGUCCUUCGGCGUUCGUGGGCUUCCGCUGACCCCAUGGCCGCUGUGGAGGGAUGGGCUCCGGUCCCUUGCUGUGGGGGGUGGGUGGGAGUCGAGGCCCCCGCAUAGGAAGGGUGAGCUCCCACAUCACCCGGAGCUCGCUCUCUUUGGGGCGUCCGUCCCACGUUGCCCCGCGGGGCACGCCAAGCAGCCCAGUGCCCCCUAUCCCGCCCCAGGCCUCCCCUCCCCACGGGCACGUGUCCCAGGAAGGUCAUCACGACAACGCGUGUGCAGCUCAGCACACACGUUCAUGCUUCUGGGAAUUCAGAGACUCAGUGUGGAGGAUUUCGUUCAGAGACUUCCAGGAAGAAUUCAUGCUGUGCUCGUCCCAAGAGUGUCUCUGUACUUUCCAGACAGGGCGGCACCGAUUCUCUGCACAGCAGUUCCUACCCUGUGUCUUCAGGCCUCGGUGCAGGGGUCCCAGACCCACAGGCUGUGGACAGUGAGACCGCAGCCUAAGGCCACACUCUGUGUUUUUACUGCCCUAAAGUUCCAAAGCUGUGAAGGGGAACAGUGUGAAGGAAAAUGCCUAGGGUUGGUCCAUUAAGGAACUAUGAGUCCAAGCUAAAAUGCUGCGAUUCCAUCUGAAUUUUAGGGUGUUCGUUUUGCUGACAAACUCUAAAUCAUCCUAAAGAAAAUACACAUAAUGGCUAGAGGGCUUUUCACUAUCUUUAUCCCCGAAGAACACUUCCAAUUUGGCUACGUGGGUCCCUAGAGGGAAAGUGACAAUGGAUGGACACCCAGCUCUGUUUACAAUCCCGCCCUUUCAGUCGGGUCCUGACUUAGAUACUUGUAAAGAUGCCUCAGUGCCACGUCCUGUCUGCCCAGCGCUGCCCUUUCCUCCUAAUCUCAGAGACGGGCCCCAGCUAUGUAGACCGCCAAGGCUGUUGGUUCUGGCCACGCAUCAGGAGGUCCGGGGGCUCGCAGCUGUCCAGACGCUCAGGCCGCCCGGCAGCUCAGCUCCCUCAGAACCUCGGGGGUGGGACAGGCGUCACAGGUUUUCAAGGCGCCCCAGGUGGGUCGGACGUGCUGUCAGGCUGAGCGUCCCCUGCCGAGACACUGCCACAGUCCUGCAGCCACAAGCAAGGCCCACGGGAGCUCCCAGGUCCGCUGGGUCCCUGGGAGAAUCUGCAUUUCAGCAAAUCGCCCGGGGACUGGUGUGUAUUCGGUUCCGAAAACACUUCUAGAUUGUAUGGCUGUGAAUUCCUCCAUGGACACAAAGUCCUACAGGGCCCCAACACUGGCUCUCAGAGGACACCACGCUCGUCACCGAAGCUCAGCUCAAGAGUGACGGGAGCCCCUGCGGCCCCGCAGCCGGCGGCCCUGGGCACCGGCAGGCUUGGCUCUCCAGCACCAGGACUGACGGCGGCGGGAGCCCCCCCCACACCGGGGUCCCAGCCGUCGCCUCAUCAUGGCCUCGGGCGCCUGCUGCAAUCAGCGCAGAGCAGGGAGCAUCUCGGCCGCGGCUGGGCAUCAGGGCCCAGGCCCCGCCUCGUGCAGGCCGCUCUCCUCACACCUCCCUCCCCAAGGAGGUGCGAGUGGGCAGAGCUGAGCACCUGGCAGGCCUCCUUGCUCAUUAUCAGAGCAGAUAAGGCUCUGGGCCAAGGGCACCCGAGAGGAGGAGUGAGCCACCCUGAUUUGCCCAGGGAGGGGGUGGAGGGGCACCUGACGGCAGUGGAACCUGCCGGGCCUGCCCGGGCGUCGGUGCUUGACGGCCAAGCAGUGAUAACACCCUGCUGGGCUCGCCCCGGAACCCAGAGCCGCAGUGCCCUUGACCUCUGAGGGGGAGACCAUAAAACCCAAGGGGAUGUCCUCCCCCAAGCGUCCCUUGGCAGGAGCGGGGCGAUGGCGGCACUGCAGGAGAAGAAGUCAUGCAGCCAGAGGAUGGAGGAGUUCCGGCACUACUGCUGGAACCCGGACACGGGCCAGAUGCUGGGCCGGACGCCGUCCCGCUGGGUGUGGAUCAGCCUCUAUUACGUGGCCUUCUACGUGGUCAUGACCGGCAUCUUCGCCCUGUGCCUCUACGUGCUGAUGUGCACGGUCGACCCGUACACCCCCGACUACCAGGACCAGCUCAAGUCGCCAGGGGUGACCUUGAGGCCAGAUGUCUACGGGGAGAAAGGCCUGGACAUCUCCUACAACGUGUCUGACAACAGGACCUGGACAGGACUAACGCAGGCCCUGCACCACUUCCUGGCAGGCUACUCACCCGCGGCCCAGGAGGCCAACAUCAACUGCACGGCCGAGAGGUACUUCUUCCAGGAGAGCUUCCUGGCCCCGAACCACACCAAGUUCUCCUGCAAGUUCACAGCAGACAUGCUGCAAAACUGCUCGGGCCGGCCGGACCCCACCUUCGGCUUUGAGGAAGGAAAGCCGUGUUUCAUCAUCAAGAUGAACAGGAUCGUCAACUUUCUCCCCGGCAACAACACGGCCCCCAGGGUGGACUGCACCUUCCUGGACCAGCACCCGGAUGCCCCGGCCCUGCAGGUGGAGUACUUCCCACCCAAAGGCGUCUACAGUCUACACUACUUCCCCUACUACGGGAAGAAGGCCCAGCCCCACUACAGCAACCCGCUGGUGGCCGCGAAGCUCCUCAACGCCCCCGUGAACAGGGAGGUCGCCAUCGUGUGCAAGGUCCUGGCGGAGCACGUGACCUUCGACAACCCCCACGACCCCUACGAGGGGAAGGUGGAGUUCAAGCUUAAAAUCCAGAAGUAA